CACAAACUAAACCGAAUUUUAUUCGCAAAUAAACAUGCGUUUACAUUGUCUUGUUGCUGUGUUGGUUAUUCUUGUUUUUAUUGAUGUUGGAGAGGGAUAUGAUAGUAGAUACUAUAGCCAGACAAGGAAAGCGAAAGAUUGUGGACUUCCUCCACCAGGUAUUACAUCAACGGGGUUUGCUAAUGGCGAUAACACUGCCACAUACAUUUGUGAUGAGGGUCACACACCAUUAAGUGGUAAGGCUGAGAUCUCGUGUCUGGCAUCAGGACUGUGGGAAACCGAUAUAUUAAUUUGUCAACCGAAAGAUUGUGGACCUCUCCCCCCAGGUACUUUAUCAACGGGGUUUGCUAAAGGUGGUACCAAGUUUCCUAACACUGCCACCUACACUUGUGAUGAGGGACACACACCAUUAAGUGGUAAUACUGAGAUCUUUUGUCUGGCCUCAGGACAGUGGCUAACCAAUGUACUAAUUUGUCAGCCGAAAGAUUGUGGACCUCUCCCCCCAGGUACUUUUUCAACGGGGAUUGCUAAAGGUGGCACCAAGUUUCCUAACACUGCCACCUACACUUGUGAUGAGGGACACAAACGAGUAAGUGGUAAUACUGAGAUCUUUUGUAUGGCCUCAGGACAGUGGCAAACCAAUGUACUAAUUUGUCAACCGAAAGAUUGUGGACUUCCUCCACCAGGGAUCUUAUCAACGGGGUUCGCUAAAGGUGGUACCACGUUUCCUAACACUGCCUCCUACACUUGUUAUGUGGGCCACACACCAUUUAGUGGUAAAGCUGAAAUAUUGUGUCUGGCAUCAGGAUUGUGGGAAAUCGAUAUACUAAUUUGUAAACCGAAAGAUUGUGGACUUCCUCCACCAGGUGUUUUAUCAACGGGGUUUGCUAAUGGUGGUACCACGUUUCCUUACACUGCCACCUACGCUUGUGAUGAGGGACACACACCAUUAAGUGGUAAGGCUGAGAUCUCGUGUCUUGCAUCAGGAUUGUGGGAAACCGAUAUACUAAUUUGUCAAAACCCUAUUCGUGAUUGUCAAAAUGGUGGAAACUUGGUGGUAGAAGAUGGUAAAUUAAAAUGCAACUGUCCACCAAACACAUUUGGUGAAUUUUGCACGAAAGAUUGUGGACUUCCUCCACCAGGUAUUACAUCAACGGGGUUUGCUAAUGGCGAUAACACUGCCACCUACACUUGUGAUGAGGGCCACAUACCAUUAAGCGGUAAGGCUGAGAUCUCGUGUCUGGCAUCAGGACUGUGGGAAACCGAUAUACUAAUUUGUCAACCGAAAGAUUGUGGACCUCUCCCCCCAGGUACUUUUUCAACGGGGAUUGCUAAAGGUGGUACCACGUUUCCUAACACUGCCACCUACACUUGUGAUGAGGGACACACACCAUUAAGUGGUAAUACUGAGAUCUUUUGUCUGGCCUCAGGACAGUGGCUAACCAAUGUACUAAUUUGUUCAGCGAAAGAUUGUGGACUUCCUCCACCAGGUAUUUCAUCAACGGGGUUUGCUAAUGGCGGUAACACUGCCACCUACACUUGUGAUGAGGGACACACACCAUUUAGUGGUAAAGCUGAAAUCUCGUGUCUGGCAUCAGGACUGUGGGAAACCGAUAUACUAAGUUGUAAACAAUGUAAAUAUAAUUUCAUUAAAGACUCAUAUCUAAAAUUUAAUGGUGAUUUAUAUAUGGAACGAAGAGGCUCAACCAAGGCUCAAUGUGAUGAAGAGUGUCGUAAAGAUGCGAGAUGUACAAUUGGCUUUCUAGAGGACCAAUACUGUUAUCUAUAUUUAAAACCGCUCAUUUUCUAUUCUUAUGGUACAGAUUUUAACCAAUGUAUAGCGACAUGUACUCAGAUGAGUGAAUGUUUAUUGUUGGAUCACGCUGGUGACAGUGGAGAAUGUUAUAUCUAUAACGUCACCCUGAACGACGACCUGAUUGGUCUAAAAAUUAUAGAUGAAUCCCCUGGAGAUAGCAUUGCAGAAAAAAUAUGUUCUUAAUUAAAACACGUUUAUUAUCAUAAAUAUUGUAUCCCU